AUGCUGUAUACUUUAGCGGGAGGGGGCACACUCUGCGGUGUGGCUGCCCUGGUGCUUCUCAUUGUUUCUACGGCAACAGACUUCUGGAUGCAGUAUCGAUACUCGGGUAGCUCAGCUAAUCAGGGGCUCUGGAGGUUCUGCAUCAACCACAAAUGUCACGCCCACACCAUAACUGUUGCCUUCUGGGAUGCCACACGGGCCUUCAUGUUGCUGGCGGUGCUGAGCUGCUUCGCCGGCGUGGUGCUCGGCCUGAGUGCCUUCACGAACGGCACCAAGAACCGGAGGGUCCGCACAGGCGGCAUCGCCCUGGUCCUGUCAGGUUUUCUUGCUCUGCUGGCUUUGGCUAUUUACACCGGAGUGACAGUCACUUUCUUUGGCAAACGCUUCUUGGACUGGCGCUUUUCGUGGUCCUACAUCAUCGGCUGGGUGGCCAUCAUUUUGGCUUUUGCUGCAGGUGUGUUCCAGCUGUGUGCUUACCAGCGGACUGCUGCACAACCCGCUCCUUCAAAUCACCCGGACAGCUGA